AUAUAGUGUAGACUUUCAGACUGUAGUAGAGGUUAACUGUUGCAAUGUUUUGAUUGUAGAACUUGAAUAUGUGUUUAAUUUUUUGUGAACAGAUUGAUGACUCUUCUGCAUCUAUUUCUCUGGCCCAGCUUACUAAGACUGCCAAUCUGGCUGAAGCGAAUGCUUCCGAGGAAGAUAAAAUAAAAGCUAUGAUGACGCAGUCUGGCCAUGAAUAUGAUCCAAUCAACUACAUGAAGAAGCCCUUGGGUCCACCUCCACCGUCAUACACGUGCUUUCGAUGCGGGAAACCUGGCCACUAUAUCAAGAACUGCCCAACAAAUGGGGACAAAAAUUUUGAGUCCGUUCCUAGAAUUAAAAAAAGCACAGGAAUUCCACGAAGUUUCAUGAUGGAGGUGAAAGACCCAAAUACAAAAGGUGCUAUGCUGACAAACACUGGAAAAUAUGCAAUACCAACGAUUGACGCGGAAGCUUACGCUAUAGGAAAGAAGGAAAAGCCUCCCUUCCUACCAGAGGAGCCGUCCUCUUCCUCAGAAGAAGAUGAUCCUAUUCCAGAUGAGUUACUGUGUCUGAUUUGUAAAGAUAUAAUGACCGACGCGGUGGUUAUCCCAUGCUGCGGAAACAGUUACUGUGAUGAAUGUAUUAGAACAGCAUUAUUGGAAUCUGAUGAUCAUACAUGCCCGACGUGUCAUCAAACAGAUGUUUCUCCUGAUGCUUUAAUUGCCAACAAGUUCCUGCGCCAGGCUGUGAACAACUUCAAAAAUGAAACUGGGUACACAAAAAGGCUCCGAAAGAUUCAGCAGCAGCAACAGCAGCAGCAGCAGCAGCCGCCACCGCCGCCACCCCCGCCUCCGCCACCGCUGAUGAGACAGACCAUAACACGCAACCUGCAGCCUCUGCUCCGGCCAGCAAUGUCCAGACAGCAGGAUCCACUAAUGAUUCCGUUAGCUUCCCUGGCUUCCCGCUCUGCUUUGUCAUCGCUGGGCCCUGGUCCGUCUGUGGCAGCAGGGCUGCCCAUGAAACCGUCUUCUGUUGUGGUCUCUGAUCUCCCUCCAGCAGUGUCCCUGUCUCUCCGUGGUGAAAAGCCGGACGGACCUUUUCGUGAUGCUGAUACUAUUAUACCUCCUGCUGCUCUCGUGACGGCCGCUGAACUUUCUAAAUCUUCCUCCCUCUCAAUCACCAGUUUGUUGGAAGAGAAGGGCUAUCAGGUUCCUGUGCUGAGACAACCAGCAUUACCAAGUCUUCUGGGCCCUCAAGGACAGUCGAUACCCACAACUGGUCAUCCCAUGAGAGCCAGUACAAUUCGCUCAGCAGGUGGCAGACCAGGCUGGGAACUCAGCUCAAAUCGAGGACGCCUGCAUGGUGAACGUACUCAAAGGAGUCAGGCCCCGAACCUACCAGCAUCAGCACCAGUCUUUGUGCCUGUGCCUCCACCUCCCCUGUAUCCGCCUCCACCCCACGCCCUUCCUCUUCCGCCGGGGGUGCCGCCGCCACAGUUCCCUCCUCAGUUCCCACCUGGUCAGCCUCCGUCCGCUGGGUACGCUGUCCCCCCUCCCGGAUACCCCCCAGCUCCCGCCAGCAUGUCCUCAGCUUGGGUACCAACAGCAGUACCGGCGGCUCACUCAAACGCCAUCCCGACAACACAGGCGCCUCCCUUAUCGAGGGAGGAGUUUUACAGGGAGCAACGGAGACUUAAAGAGGAGGAAAAGAAAAAGUCCAAACUUGAUGAGUUUACAAAUGAUUUUGCUAAGGAAUUGAUGGAAUAUAAAAAGAUUCAAAAGGAGCGUAGGCGUUCGUUUUCCAGGUCCAAGUCUCCCUAUAGUGCUUCAUCGUACUCUAGAAGUUCCUAUACCUACUCCAAGUCAAGAUCAGGUUCUUCCCGCUCUCGCUCCUACUCUCGAUCAUUCAGUCGUUCCCAUUCGCGUUCCUACUCGCGAUCGCCGCCGUAUCAGAGAAGAGGGAAAGGGAAGAGUCGUAACUAUCGUUCUAGGUCGCGGUCGCAUGGUUAUCACCGCUCGAGGUCAAGGUCUCCCCCGUACAGAAGGUACCACUCACGCUCGCGGUCUCCAGCAUUUCGAGGCCAGUCCCCCACGAAACGGACUGUUCCUCAAGCGGAAGGAGAGAGGGAAUACUUUAACCGAUACAGAGAAGUCCCACCCUACGACAUGAAAGCUUACUAUGGCAGAUCAGUUGACUUUAGAGAUCCCUUUGAGAAGGAAAGAUACAGAGAAUGGGAAAGGAACUAUAGAGAAUGGUACGAAAAGUUUUACAAGGGCUAUGCUGUUGGUGCACAGCCUCGACCUCCCGUAAACAGAGAGAACUUUUCUCCAGAGAGGUUUGGUCCACCUGGGACCAGACGAGAGAAUUCACCAUAUGCUCGGGGGCGUAGGGAGGAUUAUCCUGCUGGGCAGAGCCACAGGAAUCGUAAUAUAGCUGGAAAUUACCCUGAAAAACCUUCCGGAAGAGAGAGCCAUGGCAUCAAGGAUCCUACCAAAUCAAAAGAGAAGGAGGUAGAAAAUCCACUGGGAGAUGGCAAAGGAAAUAAACAUAAAAAACACCGGAAGAGAAGAAAAGGGGAUGAGAAUGAAGGAUUUCCGAGCACCGAGUUGUUAGAGGGGGCGAGAAAACCCAGAGAGCCUGCUGCAGCAGAAGACGUUAAAACCGACGCUAUGUUCAUCCUCCCGAGCAGAGAUGAUGCCACCCCUGUGAGAGAUGAGCCCAUGGAAGCGGAUUCCAUUGCCUUCAAACCGGUGUCUGAAAAGGAGAAAAAGGAGAAGGACAAGCCAAAAGCAAAAACUGAGAAGACAAAGCGGAAAGUCGAAGUGGCCGUCCCUCCGAAGAAGGAGAGUGUAACAAAGCCUGCUAAAACGCCCCAGGAGAAGGCGGACACCGAUCGUGAGAAAUCGCCUCGAGCAGAGCCUCCUGUGAAAAAAGCGAAGGAGGAGUUGCCAAAGACUGACAGUGUUAAACCAUCUUCCUCUCAGAAGGACGAGAAGGCUGCUGGUACCCCACGGAAAGCUCACCCCAAAGUGACAAAAGAUCACCCAGAAGCCAGGCCAGCCAAAGAGGAGAAGGCAAAGAAAGACCAUCCGAAAGAACCCAAGUCGGAGAAGCCCGCCAACAAAGAGGACAAGGCGAAGAAACCUGCUGAGAAGAGCAAACCUUCUGAUGCCAAACCUGAGAAAAGGAAAAGAAAAGUAGAUGAAAAGGGCGAUAAAGACCACGAAGCCACUUCCACAAAGGCCUCUAAACCAGAAACUGCUGACUCGAAAACAUCCCCGAAGGGGAAGACUGAGCCUGACGGUGACAAGGGAGAGCGAACGCCGGAAAAGGAUAAAUCUGCUAACAACCCCGCAAAGAAGAUUAAACUUAACCGCGAAACCGGCAAAAAGAUUGUGAGCAGCGAAAACGCGCCGCCUGCGAAAGAGCCUGGGGAGAAACCUGAGCCCAGCAGCAGCAAAGCUAAACCAGAGAAGGCGAAGGGCAAAGCGAGGAGGAAGGCACCAGCGGCCGACGGAUCGAGUGGGACUCUUGUGGAUUACACCAGCACCAGCUCGACUGGAGGGAGCCCCGUUAGAAAGCCGGAAGAAAAGCCGGAUACCAAACGAACUGUCAUUAAGACCAUGGAGGAGUAUAAUAACGAUAUAACUGCCCCUGCUGAAGACGUCAUCAUUAUGAUCCAGGUCCCUCAGUCAAAGUGGGAUAAAGAUGACUUCGAGUCUGAAGAGGAGGAUGUGAAAUCUACCCAGGUGCCCACAAGCAUAGCAAAACCUGCCAGUGUUAUAAAAAAUGUGAGUGCUAAGCCCCCAAACCCCGGAAAACACACGGAAAAAGAGACUGAGCCUUUGGAGAAAACACAGAAGGCUGCGAAAGAGGUGAGUUAUGAGAGCGCCCAGCAUGAUGCAAAGAGUUCAAAAAGUUCUGCGUCGAAUGAAAAAGGAAAAACCAAAGAGCGGGAUCAUUCUUUGUCAGACAAGGACGCUUCUGAGAAGAGAAAGAGCAGUGCUCAGCCAGAAAAAGACCACUCGGAACGUGCAGCUGAACAAGGAAAUGGAAAAAAUACUUCUCAGUCUUCCAAAGACAGCAGAUCUUCAGAGAAACACGAUACCGGCCGUGGAUCCACGGCUAAAGACUUCACCCCUAACCGAGAGAAGAAGUCGGACCACGACAGCAACAGAGAUCAUUCUGGUUCCAAGCGCAGAGAGGAAAAGAGCGAGUUAGCGAGGAGAAAAGACUCCCCUUCUCGAAACAGAGAGCCUACGUCAGCACAGAAGAGUAAGCCGAGGGAUGAACGAGCGGAGCCGUCCAAGAAAGGUGCCGGGGAUGCCAAAAGGAGCAGCUACAGCCCCCCGCGGGAGCGGAAGCAGUCCGAGCACAAAGCCGCUCACGAUGCCAAGCGUAUGGCGGAGGAACACAAGCCUCCCGAUAAAAACACGGGAAAAGAGAAAGAGAAGGAGAAGCACGUACCCGAAGUAAAGAGCACUAAGGAGAAAGAGACGGUUGUUAACAAACCACCUUUGAGACAGGAAUCCCCGGAGGUGAAGGUUGAGAAGGAGCCCGUGGCUGGACAGAACGAUAAAAGCGCUGUCAAGCCUAAGGCUCAGGGAAGCAGCUCCUCACGGCUCUCUUCCGACCCGGCGCGGGAGACCGACGAGGCUGCCUUCGUUCCAGACUACAACGAAAGCGACAGCGAGAGUAACGUGUCUGCAAAAGAGGAGGAAGCUGCGGGGAAGAACCUGAAAGAACCGAAAGAAAAGGCUGUUGAUAAGGUGAAAGAGGACCCGGCAGCACCUCCUGCGGCUCAGCAGCCCGAAGCGAACCGGAGCCAGAGCCAGAGCAGCCCCAGCGUCAGCCGCAGCCGCAGCCAGAGCCCUUCCGAGAGUCAGACGCGGAGCCACAGCAGCAGUGCCAGCUCAGGGGAGAGUCAAGACAGCAAGAAGAAGAAAAAGAAGAAGGAGAAGAAAAAGCACAAGAAGCAUAAGAAACACAAGAAGCAUAAGAAACACAUUGGAAAUGAAACGGAAUUGGAAAAGAGCCAAAAACACAAACACAAGAAGAAGAAGUCGAAGAAGAGCAAAGAUAAAGAGAAAGAUGACCAAAAAGUGAAAUCUGUCACCACAUAGAGGGACAGAUAAUAGAAAAAAAUGACUUAAUUCCUAAGUCAUCUGUAUUAAAUUUUGUUAAAAUGUAAACGAAUUCAAGCGUUGUAAAUAAUGACAUGAAAGACCCUGUGCUGCACUUAAAAUAUUGCUGCUUGAUUCUUUGAUUUUUACAUCAGAGCUUUAUAAAAGUGAACAUUUUGUACAGAAUUGUGAGUUGUGACCAUGUAACAUGAAAGGUUUUGCGGGGGCAUCUUCUUUUUCACCACCGGUGAUGAGUUGGGGUGGAGUUUACUGUACUGUGAAACUUUUCACGUUUGAAUUUUUUUUUUUUUUUUUUUAAAUUGGCUGGCAAAGCGGCUGGUGUGGGUUGUGGGGCACCAGCAGGGUGGUUUGCAGAAUACAUUACAGCCCUGUUAUGUCACUUUUUGAUUACAAUAAAAGGUUUUCAGUAAA